UAUUGAAAUACAAUGUUAAGGAAGAUUUUCAGCACUCAGUGUGUCAUUUCCUUUUUUCAUGAAUCAAAUACUGAAAUACUAUGUGAUAAAGAUUUUACAUUUCAAUUGUGAAGAGUGGGAAGUGGAUAAACCAGUUCAGCUGUCUUUAGGACAAACGAAAUAUGGCCCAGUGGAAUACCACUGCUGAUGAACUGGAUGACAAUGAUAGUUUUUCAGAAUCUGUCAAGUUUGAUGCUCGAUCAAUGAAAACUUUGCUACUUUCGAAUCCUAAAAAUGGCCCUACCUUUCAAGAGAGACUGAAGUCCUUCAAAGCUGCGUUGAUUGCCCUUUAUCUGCUGGUGUUUAUAGUUCUCAUGCCCAUCAUUGGGAUAGUGGCAGCUCAGCUCCUCAAGUGGGAGUGGAAGAAUUGCAUGGCUGAUUCAAUUAAUACCAAUGGUACUCCUCAGCAUCUCAAUGGAAAAGGAAAUGACAGUGAAGAAAUAAAAUUUCGAGAGGUCGUCACAGAAAACAUGAACAAAAUGGAGAAGAGAAUCGAGGGUAUUUCAGAUACACAAGCCAAUCUCAUAGAUUCAGAACAUUUCCAAAACUUCAGUGUGAUGACCGAUCAAAAGUUCAAUGAUGUUCUUGUCCAGCUGAGCAGUGCGGUUUCCUCAGUCCAGGAACAUGGAAAUGAAAUAGAUGAAAUCUCCAAGUCGUUAAUAAGUCUGAACACCACGUUGCUUGCUUUGCAACUCAGUAUUGAAACACUGAAUGGCAAAGUCCAAGAGAGUAAAAUUAAACAACAAGAGGAGAUGAGUAACUUAGAAGAGCGUGUGCACAAUGCGUCAGCAGAAAUUCUGUCUAUGAAAGAAAAACACGUGUACUUGGAACAGGAAAUAAAAGGGGAAGUGAAACUACUGAAUAACAUCACUAAUGACCUCAGACUGAAGGACUGGGAACAUUCUCAGACACUGAAAAAUAUCACUUUAAUUCAAGGUCCCCCUGGACCCCCAGGUGAAAAAGGAGAUCGAGGUAUCCCCGGAGAAGCUGGCCCACGAGGCAGUCCAGGCCCAAUGGGUCCCCCAGGGCUUAAAGGUGAUCGGGGAGCGAUUGGCUUUCCUGGAAGUCGAGGAUUCUCAGGACCAGCAGGGAAGUCCGGGAGGCCAGGAAAUCCUGGACAGAAAGGCCAGAAGGGGGAAAAGGGGAGUAGAAGCAUGUCAUCUCCGUCUAGGACAGCCCGCCUGGUUGAUGGUAAUGGCCCUCACGAAGGCCGAGUGGAGAUUUUCCAUGAUGGCCAGUGGGGUACAGUCUGUGAUGACCACUGGGAGUUACAUGGGGGACAGGUCGUCUGCAGGAGUUUGGGUUACCACGGUGUUCUAACAGUGCAUAAGGGAGCCCAUUUUGGACAAGGCACAGGCCCAAUAUGGCUGAAUGAAGUAUAUUGUUUUGGGAGAGAGUCAUCUAUUGAAGAGUGUAGAAUCCGACAGUGGGGUGUGAGAUCCUGUACCCACAAGGAAGAUGCUGGAGUCACUUGUACUGUAUAAUGUAUCAUGUUUCAUCCAUAUUUAUGAAAUCAUUGAAGAUGAUUUUUAUUACUUUGCUCCACUAAAAUCAGUUUAAUGAACAUUUAAGAGAUUAAGAAUAUUGUCAAAGGACAAGGAAUACUGGAAAAUCACUCGAUAAACAUAUCAAAGACCUUCAUACUUACUACAUGUCUGUUUUUGAAGCAUUUUAACAUCUACUUUGUCAAAUGGAAUUUUAUAAUGACAUAUAGUGAAUGGAAAAUACUGAAGUUCAAGGCUUCUAGAUUACAAAUAUCAGUAAUAUGAACACAAAUUUCAAUCAAUGGUUCCAAUUUAUAUUUUCACCAUAAGAUUGUAAUUUUUGUCUUCUUUGUAAUCCAGUUGAUUUUAAUUUAAUUGCUUUCUGCAUAGUGAGGUUGAGAAAAUUUCUCAAGUUUGCAAAAUCUUCAAUCCAUACAUAUUUUUUAAAAAGAAUCUUAUCCAGCCAUCAAGAUUUCUGAUGAGCAAUAACUCAACUGUUAUAAAUAUAACAAUCUAAAUGAUAAGUUUUGGCUAUGUAAGAUUUUUAUCAGAAGGUUUACAUGCUCACCCACUAACAUGGUCUAUAAUAACACGGUUAAUAACGUAGUUAUUUUACAUGGUCAUGUAUUGACAGGUUUUUGUUUGUUUUUGCUGAAUCACAAAGUGAGUUGAAGCAGCACUUAUGAGAAAAAGCACAGGCCCACCCUUGCUAUAUGUGUCUGAAUAAUAGGUGGAUCAAAAAAGUCAUCUCCAAACUGGAGCUUAGAUUGUUACCCAUUGAAUUUAAGUUGAAUAAUUACAUUGUUACAAUUCUAACAGACCAUGUUUAAAAUGCAAAUACAUCUACUCAACGUACUCCAUUUAAACUCACAGCAUGCAAGUGUCUUAAAUGCAGAAGGAAGUGUCAACUGUGCUUUGGGGUCUUUCAUGAAGUCCUCCCUGCCUCCUGCUACUGUGCUGUAUUUAUAUGGCAUCAGUGUAGCUAUGCUAAAGCUACGUUUCCCAAAUUUUCUUCCCCGUGUUGUCUGAUUUAUCACGGACCACAGAAGACAUUUUGCAUGGGGUUGGGCAGCCGAGUGUUGAGCCUCUCUCUUUGUGCUCAGGAAGCCACUGCAGGGGCAACCGGGCACUGGUGCAGCCCACACAGGCUGCCCCUGCUCCUCCCACUCGCCUGGUCUGCAGGAAGGCAGUGCCAGCACCUCCCCACGGUCCUUCUGGAGCCCCUGUCAGCUUCUCAUACUCCUUGGCUGGGUGCAUAUUCAGCUCCAUGAUGAAUUCACCACCUUCUCGUGAGGCCACCUGAACCGUCAAAGCUGGAAGCAGUGAGAAAUUAGUGCAGGUUCCAGCACCAAUCCUCACGGGUUCCGUUCUGUCCUUGCUCUCUCCCAGGUCAUGUCCAUCUUCCUUUCUAACGUGCCACCCUGCGGAUUUCAGAUGACCCAGCACCAGGCACAAAAACAACAAACUUUUCUUGGACUGCUGAUUAAGCAACUAAAACACACAAUUGCACAAGGUCAAAUAUCUUGAAAGGUACAAAGGGAAAGUAGCUCUGGACUUGGAGACAGCAGGCUUAGUCAGGACAAGAGAAUAUAGGGCAUUGAAGAAUUGCAGUGAGCUUGAUAUUUAGAAUCUUCCAGUUUACAAAGAAAUGAAAUCAUUUUUAAUUAUAUUGGCAGUUGAACUGUGCUAUCUGGAGGCAGUGCUAUGCCGAGCGUGAAACACACGGAUGCAGGGUUUAAGAGCAUUACAUUAAGUAUCAGACCCUUAUGCUGUAGGUUUCCUACAAAAAUGUCAAGUACACAAGUGAUUUUUUAAAAAGGGAAAUUACUAUAUUAUUGUUCACAACUCUAAAAUUGAAUCUGACCCUUAAAACUCUUUGGGGUCCCCUGAAUGAAAAACUUGAGAAUUGCACUCCCAGCUAGAGUAAUUUUAGGUUAUGAGGGGAAAAAAAGACUGAAAUACGUUUGUUAAUCAUCCUCCAAGAGCUUCCCCAGGGCCAAGUACCCGCACGUUCGAUGAGACCUGUAGAACAUUUCAAUUAUUUAAAAAAAAAAGUCUUUGAUGCUUCAUGUUUACAAGAUUUGCCUAAAAGGACUGGUAAUGUUAAUGACAUAAAUUAUUCUUUUAUUUUCUUUUGUGAAAUUCAUAAAAUAGUUCUCUUCUAAAGGUUGAAGGUAGAGUAAUGUGAAAACACAGCUACUAUUAUGAACAAGGUCUUAUUAGGGAGGACAAGGCCUGCUUUUACUUUCAGAGAAUCAAUUAUCGUACAUUUGAGUCAGCUGCCAGAGUGAUUAGAGGGGUUAAAGGGAUGACCUGGGAGAAAAAAAGAGAGAUCGGAAGGAGGAAGGAAGCAGAGACAUUAGGAAGGAAGGAAGAGAGAAAGAAAGAAGGAAAGACAGAAGAAAAGAGGUUCAAGGAAUACCACAUUUGCUAAUUAUCACUUCAUCCUAUGUUGAAAGUUUUGAAUUAAAAGGUAGGUCAGUUUGUGAUAUUUUAAAACAUCUUAUGUUAAAGAAAUGAGGGGAUAAAUUAAUUGGGAAAAAAAUGGCUCUUGGGACUGUAGUAGUAGAAGACAAAUAUUUCUAUCUUAGUAAUUCAAAUCCGAAAGUUCACUUCCGACUUAAAAACAGAGUUGUAUUUUGUAUUACAGGUAGUAAGGGAGUCAAUAAAUUUAAUAAAACAGAUUUAUCGUACAAAUACUUCCCACCAGUGGCCGUGUACUCAAAUUACAGGUGGGAGAAGAUUCCACCUGCAAACUUGACUGUGUUUACGUGGAGACGCAACAUUUCCUGUGCUAGAACACCAUUGGUUCUGUUUUUCAUUUUAAAAGAGAAUUGUAUAAGAGAAUUUACAUUCUCUUUGUAAAACAGAAUGUAAAAAAUCUCAUUGUAAAAGGGAAUUACAAUAUUAUCUUCUAAUCAUUAACACUGAGAAAGUUUAUAGCUUAUUAAGAUAAAGCACAAAUGCAUAAUGUUCUCAGUAGAUUAUGAUUUUCUUAUAGAGAUAAAACACGUAAUUUAUUGUUAUUGUGUGU